AUGAAACUCAACACUGUAAUUACGGUUUUUCUGGUCGAAGUGUACGUAAUCUCCUCUGAGUACAUCACUCGUCCUUGCGGUCAAGAUCUGAGCAAUCUGUGGUUAGAUGUGGUCGCUGUGGUGGAUAACUCACAAGGAAUGACAAAUGAUGGGUUGACAGCGAUUGCCGCCAAUAUCGCAUCAGUUUUCAGUGAAGGGACCAAAAUCGGGACCAAUUCAAAUGAUCCUAGAACCACUAGACUAGGCCUGGUAACCUAUAGUUCCAAAGCAACGAAAAACGCAUAUUUGGACAAGUUCCAAUCGAUCGACGAUUUAUACGAUAAUAUUUUCACGGAUCUGGCUACAGUAUCCCAGACAGAUGACUCUAAUUUAGAGACUGGCUUAGAAGCGGCCGAAGAAAUUUUGGAGGCCGGGAAAAAUGAAAAACGGAAAUUCUAUAAAAAACUGAUUCUGAUUUACGCAUCAACCUUUAAUAGGAAUGGAGAAGCUAUUUCGAUUGCAAAUCGAUUGAAAUCGGCUGGAACAAAAUUGGUUACUGUAGCUUAUGAUCAAGGAGGGGGAGAUGAGCAAUUGGCGGAUGGGUUGGCACAAAUUUCAAGUCCCAGGUUUAAUUUUACAAAUAAUAAUCAAGCGCUUAUCGGAAAUAUUCAAAUGGCUAUGUUGGAAGCCAACUGCUUCUGCGCACCAACCUGGACCCAAUACCGUCAGUACUAUUCGGACUCCACCUCCCCUCCAGGUGGUGUCUGUAUUCAACCAGUGGGUCUGACGGCCGUCUGGCGGGCCGCCCGAAUUUCCUGUGCCAAUCGAUUCAAAAAUUCCUAUUUAGCUGAUGAAUUCACUCAACAUAAACACGACUUCAUAUUUGAUUCCAUCAAAAACACCCGCGGAUUUCAAGUACCGUACUCUUAUCACAUUGGAUUAACGCUGAGCAAUGGGUCAUGGAGUUGGGACAGACCGAAUGGAUGGGAGCAGCCGGUGGUCCAACAUUGGUUUGGUUGGGAUUCGGGAUUUCCGAUUUCCACGUCAUCUAGAACUUCUGGAGCGAAUUUUGGAAAUGGGUCGGAUGCUGAAUGGCAGAAUAUUGGCGCUAUGAAUAUUGGACUCAAUUAUGUUUGCGAAACGGCCACUUGUGAUACUGAUAAUUACUGUAGUACUGAUCAACUUGAUGAAAUUUGA